AUGUCAUUCUCAGCUAAUUCAUUAAUAAGAAAACUUGAUGAUUUACAAGAAACUCAAGAUUCAAUUGUUUCAAUUUCAAAUUGGAUUUUAUUUCAUCAAAAACAUAUUAAACAAAUUACUGAAAUUUGGUUAGAUUAUAUUAUGAAUCAUAAACAAUCUGAUUCAAAGAAGAAAUUAUCAUUAUUAUAUCUUUGUAAUGAUGUUGUUCAACAAGCAAGAAGUAAAAGAAAACAGCAAUUCUUGGAUGAAUUUAUAAAUGUAUUACCUCGGGCUUUACCCAUGGUUUAUCAAUCAGUUGAUUCAUCAAUAAAACCAAAAAUUGAAAGAUUAUUAGGAGUUUGGCAACAAAGAAAGAUUUAUUCACCUCAAGAGAUUGAUACUUUGAAACAGACAAUGAAGAAGAAAAAGACUAAUAACCCAGAUUCAUCUAAAGAGAAAACAACGUCGACUUCCACCCCUGCUGCCCUGGGCUCAUCUUCAAGUUCUUCCAUUGCCCCUGAACUUAAACAUAUUAAUGAAUUAUUUACUCAUUUAAAUAAAUUAACAGAAAUAAGUCAAACUAAUUUAUCACAAUUUGGUAAUCAAUCAAAAACUUAUUUACCUGAUGAUCCCCUGCAAUCAGAAAAUUUACCAUCACCAGAAACUUAUAUUUCAAAAUUAAAUUCAUUAGAAGGAUUAAGUAAAUUAUUAAUUAAUAAUAUUGAAGAAAUUAAAUCUACAAAGCUUAAGAUUAAAUCAUAUGUUGAUAAUUUAUCAAAUUUAUUAAUUGAAGGUUGUAAAACUGAAGAAACUAAAAUUGGAAUUAUAAAUGAAAAAUUAUUAAAAUUAAAUCAAACAAGAAAUGAAUUAAAAUCAAUGUUAGAAUAUACCAAUCAAGAUGAAGACGAAGAAGAGGAAGAAUCUCCUACAUAUCAAGCACUCUCAAACGACGAAGAAGACGACUCCCUUCCCACAUAUGAACAAGACAAUGAUUCAGAUCAAGAAGAACCCGAACUCGACGAACUGGACCACCCUGUAAAAAAACGAAAAAUCUCACCAACUCCAUCCGGCGGCUCCACCCCAUCCUCGGCCAAAAGAGUGGCAUUUUCAGAAGAUAUAGAAGUAAAAGAAUACGAUCAAGAUGAUGAAACAAAUGAAAAUGAAUCAAAUUAUACCGAACCGGAAUCAGAAGAAAUUGCCAAUUUGAUACAUACUCAUAAAGAUCUGUUAGAAUUAAAACAUGAACAUGAUGAACUGGUUAAUAGUACUAAUGGGGUUGAUAAUAAUGAUAAUAAUGAAUAUGAUCCUUCGGUGGGGAAUGGAAAUAGUGAUAGUAGUAGUGGUCCUACAAAUGAUGAUGUUAUGUCAUUAUUAUCUAAAUUGGUUCAAAAUUAA